ACCCCAGCCAGCACCAUCAGCCUGUCCCUCUCACCACCAACAUGCUGGCCUCAGGGAUGCUCCUGGUGGCUGUGCUGGCCUUUCUGAGUGUCAUGGUCUUGAUGUCUGUGUGGCGGCAGAGGAAAGUGUUGGCGAAGAUGCCUCCGGGACCCACCCCACUGCCCUUCAUUGGGAACUUCCUGGACCUGGACCCAGAGAAGCUGUAUAACUCCCUCUUGAAGGUCAGGGAGGGCUACGGCCCCGUGUUCACUGUCCACCUGGGGCCUAGCCGCCGCAUCGUGAUGCUGUGGGGAUACAAUGCAGUGAAGGAGGCUCUGGUGGACCAGGCUGAAGAAUUCGCUGGGCGAGGAGAACAAGGCAUCUUUGACUGGCUCUUCAAAGGCUACGGUGUGGUGUUCAGCACAGGGGAGCGUGCCAAGCAGCUCAGGCGCUUCUCCAUCGCCACUCUGCGGGACUUUGGCUUUGGCAAGCGUGGCAUUGAGGAGCGCAUCCAGGAGGAGGCCAGCUUUCUCAUACAGGCCUUGAGGGACACACACGGUGCUUGCAUAGAUCCCACCUUCUACAUGAGCCGAACAGUCUCCAAUGUCAUUAGUUCCAUUGUGUUUGGGGACCGUUUUGAGUAUGAGGACACUGAAUUCCUGUCACUGUUGGGUAUGAUUAUGGGAAGUUUCCAGUUCUCAGCUACUUCUUCUGGACAGCUCUUUGAGAUGUUUUAUUCAGUGAUGAAGCACCUGCCUGGACCACAGCAACAGGCCUAUAAGGAGGUCCAGGGACUGAAGAACUUCGUAGCCAAGAAAGUGCAGCACAACCAGCGCACCCUGGACCCUAAUUGUCCCCGGGACUUCAUUGACUCCUUUCUCAUCCGCAUGCAACGGGAGGGAAAAAACCCCCAUACAGAGUUUAACAUGAGGAACCUGUUGGAGACCACACUGAACCUUUUCUUCGCGGGAACAGAGACAGUCAGCACUACCAUGCGCUAUGGCUUCCUGCUGCUCAUGAAGAACCCAGAUGUCGCAGCCAAGAUGCAUGAGGAAAUUGACCAGGUGAUUGGCAGGAAUCAGCAACCCAAGUACGAGGACCACCUUAAGAUGCCCUACACCGAAGCUGUGAUCCACGAAAUCCAGAGAUUUAUAGAUGUACUCCCUCUUGGCUUGGCUCGCAGCACCACCAAGGAUGUCAAAUUUCGGGGCUUCCUCAUCCCCAAGGGAACUGAAGUGUUUCCCGUGCUGGGUUCUGUGCUGAAAGACCCCCAGUUCUUCCCUGACCCCGACAGUUUCAAUCCACAGCACUUCCUGGAUGACAAGGGGCAGUUUAAGAAGAGUGAUGCUUUUAUGCCCUUUUCUGUUGGGAAGCGAAACUGUUUCGGUGAAAAUCUGGCUAAAACGGAGCUCUUCAUCUUCUUCACAACCAUCAUGCAGAACUUCCUUUUCAAGUCCCCAACGGAACCCCAUGACAUAGACAUUUCUCCACAAUACGUUGGCUUUGCCACAAUUCCACGGAGAUACACCAUGAGUUUCCUUCCUCGCUGAGGCAAAAGUCUGCCAGGCCAGACGGUGUGGGCUUGGUCAGAAUAUGGGCAAGGAAUGGGCUAAAGGAUAAUCUUUAAAUGGGCAAGGGAAGUCUGGGUCCAGCUGGAUCACACACACACACACAGAGAACCACAUAUUCCCUCCUGGGAUGAAAAGCUGGGAAUUAUUGUGCUAUGUUGUGAAUACUAAUAAUAAUAAAUGUAGUAUUGUUGAUUUUGCAAGAAA